AUGGACGCCGUCUCGAGUUCCGAUGAAGAAGAGCAAGUUUCUUGAGCUGAAUUGUGUGAAAAUCACCUGACAGUCGGGCUAUUUUAUCAGAAAACACUCAAUUCUUAUCGGGUUCGCUCACACAAAAGAACGGAAAAUUCUAUAAAACUGUAUGACGAGAAACAUGAGAAUUUUUUCUAAUUAUGGUCAAUUAUGCCCAACAUGUAUAACAAACAAAAAACAUCGAUAACAAUCUGCCAAAUUAGGCCAAUUCUGUAGUCGACCGAUCCGUUCUUUUUCGUUCGGCCAAUCGACGAUUCCCAAACAUUUCUCUCUUUUUUAUCAGUUUCUCGCUGAUAGCGCCUGCAGACGAAAAGAGAAUCACACCAUUUCUGUCACUAGAAACAAGAAAACGAAAAUGUUUCUUCUUCUCUUUGCAUCCGUCGAUGCUAGGCUCUCCUUCCAUUUUGUAACGUUUACGUUUCUUCUAUUUGCAGGAUGAGUGGAGUGCUGGAAGUGUACGACGCCAAGCGAACCGACAAUCUGAUUAUCACCCUCGAAGGGAUUUCCGGAUCGGAGACGAUCAAAGCGAUCAAGAAGCGAAUCGCCCAGAAAAGUAAGUUGAAAGGCACACAAGCCUCCAGCAGACAAUCGAUUUUCAGAGCUGAAGCUGACGGAAGAACGUCAGGCCCUGCGUGUUGAGCCGAAAGGAAAGCCAAUGGCUGAUGAUCAGAAGCUCUCCGACCUCGGAUUGUCCGCACAGAAGGCUGUUCUUUACGUAAAAGAUCUCGGACCGCAGAUCGCCUGGAAGACUGUCUUCCUUGCCGAGUACGCGGGACCUCUCUUCGUCUACCCACUCUUCUACCUCCGACCAUCGUUCAUCUAUGGAGAAAGUGUGUAAAUUACUAUAUUCAAAACAUACGGAAUAGUUUUUUUCCAGAAGCCGCCACCGCCCCCGUUCAUCCAGCAGUCGUGAUCGCCUUCUUCGCAUGGAGCUUCCAUUACGCAAAGCGUCUGUUCGAAACUCAGUUCAUCCACAGAUUCGGGAACUCUACGAUGCCACAGUUCAACCUUAUCAAGGUAUUGUGCUUCUUUUUUUUUAAUGAUUUGAUCAUACCCAAUUUCAGAACUGCUCGUACUACUGGGGAUUCGCUGCCUUCGUCGCCUACUUCGUCAACCAUCCACUGUUCACUCCGCCUCUCUUCGGAGCUCUUCAAAUUUACAUCGGUCUUGCCGGCUUCGUGAUCUCUGAGUUCGGAAACCUUUCCAUCCACAUUCUCCUCCGAAACCUGCGCCCAGCUGGAACCCGCGAACGCCGCAUCCCGAAGCCCGACGGCAACCCGCUUUCCCUUCUCUUCAACUACGUUUCGUGCCCCAACUACACUUAUGAGGUUUCCUCCUGGAUCUUCUUCACCAUUAUGGUUCAGUCUCUUCCAGGUGAUUUCAUUCUGCUAGCUUCCCCCUUUCAUUCUUAUUCUUCCAGCUCUGAUCUUCACUGCCGCCGGAUUCAUCCAAAUGACGAUCUGGGCCCAGGGAAAGCACCGCAACUACCUGAAGGAGUUCUCGGAUUACCCGAAGUCCCGCAAGGCCAUCGUCCCGCUUCUUCUCUAA